CGAAGUUGAAAAGAAAACAGUGUUGUAAAAUCAUUCCGCAGUCAUUGAGUGUGCAACGUGAUGCAGUUUUUCACUCAUUUUUGACAUUGCACGCUGAACAAGACCGACUAGAGUCAGCAGACGUAGUUCCUGAGACACUCGAGUCUCGACCUGGAAGGAUGUCACUAAACGAACAGCGACCGAGCAGGAAGAGGUCGUUGCAAGAUUGUGACGACGGCGCCUGUGAUUUUGUCCCACUGUCCAAGAGGAUCAACAACCUUCACCUGACAAGACCUGUGAUUGGCGACGAGGCAUUACAGGGCGCCCAUAAAGUGGAAGCUCACCACAACCACCACCAUGAUCUUCCAGCCCCCCACCAGCACAAUGGACACAGCUCGAAUGGUUUCAUGAACGGCGUUAAUGGUCACAAUGGGUUGCCGGAGACUAACCAAUACCAACAGCAACCAUCGCCUGGACCAUCAACCGUUGCGCCUUGGGUCACCGACCAAAUGAUGGCGCAAUACGCUCCCCAAAUCGAACAGGUGGACAGCCCGUAUUACUAUGAGCACAACAAAUUGCUGUUUGCACUGUACUUGGAAAGACUGCAGAGGAACCCUCAAAACAGACCCUUAUCUUGAAUCAAAGUCACUCGGUCAAAUGAUGUCUUUCUGAAGUUGCAUCUCUAUGUUUUUGAUCUGUGAGCUAGACACCACAAUAUUUCUUGACUGCCAAUAAUAAAACUGCGCAUCUCCCACAUUGGAGCUGAAUGGAUUCAACAGAUCUUGUAAUUAAUUAAUGCCACAGUAUGGGCUGGUUGAAAUGUUUCCCCUUCAUAUGUGUGAUGCUAUUACAGCUGUAACCUUAAGAAUUUUAAAAUGUGAUUUUUUUAAAAUUCAAGUUCAUCAAUAAACAAAAUAAAACUCAAAA